GGGGCAGCCUUCAACAAAGAGCAAACAAAAAAUGAUUCCUCUUUGUGUCUCCGGGUUUCGUCUGACAUCCAUCUGAAUGUAGCUGGAAGCUUCCCGGUUCCGCUCCUGACAACCCUGGACGGAUUCGUGUCGACUGCCCAGAGUCCGCGAAUUCAAGUCCGCUGUCUCCCGUUAUCAGCAAAUCUAUCGUUUUCCGAAUAAUAAUAAUAAUAAUAACAACAAGAGGACGAAGCCAGAAGCUCAGUUAAAACCAAGCCGGUGACCAGUGAGACUGACCACCCAACUCCCAUCAACAUGUCACUGCACCAGUUUCUGCUUGAGCCCAUCACCUGUCACGCCUGGAACCGGGACAGAACCCAGAUCGCCAUCAGUCCCAACAACCAUGAGGUUCACAUCUAUCAGAAGAGCGGUAACCAGUGGGUGAAGAGUCAUGAGCUGAAGGAGCACAAUGGACACAUCACAGGUAUCGACUGGGCUCCUAAGUCCGACCGUAUCGUGACGUGUGGGGCGGAUCGUAACGCCUACGUCUGGUCUCUGAAGGACGGCGUCUGGAAGCCCACGCUGGUCAUCCUGAGGAUCAACAGAGCUGCGACCUUCGUCAAGUGGUCUCCUCUGGAGAACAAGUUCGCUGUGGGCAGCGGAGCCAGACUCAUAUCAGUCUGUUACUUCGAGUCUGAUAACGACUGGUGGGUGAGUAAGCACAUCAAGAAGCCGAUCCGUUCCACCGUCCUCAGUCUGGACUGGCAUCCUAACAACGUGCUGCUGGCGGCUGGAUCCUGUGACUUCAAAUGCAGGUAUACGUACGGACCCCUGAUCAGUAGGUGCUGGCUGAGUACGGACCCCUGGACUGGCCUGGGUCUACACGACUCCACUGUUACUGUGGUGGAUGGUACCAAGGGAUCCACUCCGUCUCAGUUGAAGACUGAGUUCCUCCCUCUGCUCAGUGUUCUCUUCAUCUCUGAGAACAGCGUGGUGGCAGCGGGUCAUGACUGUUGUCCCAUGCUGUUCCGUUGUGAUGACGGAGGGUCCCUGACGUUUGUCUCCAAGCUGGACCUUCCCAAAGCCUCCAUCACUAGAAACAUCUCCGCUAUGGAGCGUUUCAGAAACAUGGACAAGAGAGCGACCACAGAGGACCGAAACACAGCCCUGGAGACACUGCACCAGAACUCCAUCACUCAGGUCUCUAUCUAUGAGGGAGACCAGAGGGACUGUCUGACCCUGUUAUAUUGUCUCUCCUCCAGUCAGGUCUCUAUCUAUGAGGGAGACCAGAGGGACUGUCUGACCCUGUUAUAUUGUCUCUCCUCCAGUCAGGUCUCCAUCUAUGAGGGAGACCAGAGGGACUGUCUGACCCUGUUAUAUUGUCUCUCCAGUCAGGUCUCUAUCUAUGAGGGAGACCAGAGGGACUGUCUGACCCUGUUAUAUUGUCUCUCCAGUCAGGUCUCUAUCUAUGAGGGAGACCAGAGGGACUGUCUGACCCUGUUAUAUUGUCUCUCCUCCAGUCAGGUCUCUAUCUAUGAGGGAGACCAGAGGGACUGUCUGACCCUGUUAUAUUGUCUCUCCUCCAGUCAGGUCUCUAUCUAUGAGGGAGACCAGAGGGACUGUCUGACCCUGUUAUAUUGUCUCUCCUCCAGUCAGGUCUCUAUCUAUGAGGGAGACCAGAGGGACUGUCUGACCCUGUUAUAUUGUCUCUCCUCCAGUCAGGUCUCUAUCUAUGAGGGAGACCAGAGGGACUGUCUGACCCUGUUAUAUUGUCUCUCCUCCAGUCAGGUCUCUAUCUAUGAGGGAGACCAGUCUGACUGUCGUAAGUUCUGCACCACGGGCAUCGAUGGAGCCAUGACCAUCUGGGACUUCAAGAGUCUGGAGGCGUCCAUCCAGGGGCUGAGGAUCAUGUGAAGGACCAGCUAAACAACCCCCCUUUCCCUGACACCCCCCUCC